CUCCUCCCCCUCCUUCUUUUCCUCCUCCUCCUUCUCCUCCCAUCAGCAAGAAGACAAACCGAGGACAGUCUUGAAAUAUCGAAAUUUCCUCCUUGGGAUUUGCCAGCGCCGCGUUGCGCCAAGACUGUCGGAAUAAAGGACGCUGACUAUUGUAUUAUUAUUUUAUUAAUUGGUCAGUGGGAAGAUUACCGAUGAGGAAAGGGGACGCCUGUCACCCUUCCUGCGCUAAGAUUGAAAAAUGAGGCUGAGUUGGGGGAAGCCCUAAAAUGAAGCAAAAGGAAUAAGAUUUUUCAGGACAGAAAGCCACAGGAGCCCCCCACACAGCGCACUUUUAUUUGUUUUUUUUUUUUUUUUAAGAUUUUUUUUUUUUUUUCGUGGUGGUGGGGGAGGUGAUUGGGUGGCUGACUGGCUGCGGGAAGCUGCUUCCUUUCCCUUUGGAGAUGAUUGUGCUAUUAUUCUUUGCCUUGCUCUGGAUGGUGGAAGGAGUCUUUUCCCAGCUUCACUACACAGUGCAGGAGGAGCAGGAACAUGGCACUUUCGUGGGGAAUAUCGCUGAAGAUCUGGGCUUGGACAUUACAAAACUUUCAGCUCGCAGGUUUCAAACGGUGCCCAACUCGCGGACCCCUUACUUGGACCUCAACCUGGAGACCGGGGUGCUGUACGUGAACGAGAAGAUCGACCGCGAGCAAAUCUGCAAGCAGAGCCCGUCCUGCGUCCUGCACCUGGAGGUCUUCCUGGAGAACCCCCUCGAGCUCUUCCGUGUGGAGAUCGAAGUGCUGGACAUCAAUGACAACCCCCCCUCCUUCCCGGAGCCGGACCUGACUGUGGAGAUCUCUGAGAGCGCCACGCCGGGCACCCGCUUCCCGCUGGAGAGCGCAUUCGACCCAGACGUGGGCACCAACUCCUUGCGCGACUACGAGAUCACCCCCAACAGCUACUUCUCCCUGGACGUGCAGACCCAGGGGGAUGGCAACCGAUUCGCCGAGCUGGUGCUGGAGAAGCCGCUGGACCGAGAGCAGCAAGCGGUGCACCGCUACGUGCUGACCGCGGUGGACGGGGGAGGAGGGGGAGGAGGAGGAGAAGGAGGGGGAGGCGGCGGGGGAGGGGGCCUGCCCCCCCAACAGCAGCGCACCGGCACUGCCCUACUCACCAUCCGAGUGCUGGACUCCAACGACAACGUCCCCGCCUUCGACCAACCCGUCUACACUGUGUCUCUACCAGAGAACUCGCCGCCGGGCACGCUCGUAAUCCAGCUCAACGCCACAGACCCAGAUGAGGGCCAGAAUGGCGAAGUCGUGUAUUCCUUCAGCAGCCACAUUUCGCCCCGGGCGCGGGAGCUCUUUGGACUCUCCCCUCGCACUGGCCGGCUGGAGGUGAGCGGAGAGCUAGACUAUGAAGAGAGCCCGGUGUACCAAGUGUACGUACAAGCCAAGGACCUGGGCCCCAACGCGGUGCCCGCGCACUGCAAGGUGCUUGUGCGAGUACUGGAUGCUAACGACAACGCGCCGGAGAUCAGCUUCAGCACGGUGAAGGAGGCGGUGAGCGAGGGCGCGGCGCCCGGGACCGUGGUGGCCCUGUUCAGCGUGACCGACCGCGACUCCGAGGAGAAUGGGCAGGUGCAGUGCGAGCUGCUGGGGGAUGUGCCGUUCCGCCUCAAGUCUUCCUUCAAGAACUACUAUACGAUCGUGACCGAAGCCCCCCUGGACCGAGAGGCCGGGGACUCCUACACCCUGACCGUUGUGGCUCGGGACGGGGGCGAGCCGGCGCUCUCCACCAGUAAGUCGAUCCAGGUGCAAGUGUCAGAUGUGAACGACAACGCACCGCGGUUUAGCCAGCCGGUCUACGACGUGUAUGUGACCGAGAACAACGUGCCCGGCGCCUAUAUCUACGCGGUAAGCGCCACAGACCGCGACGAGGGCGCCAACGCCCAGCUAGCCUACUCUAUCCUCGAGUGCCAGAUCCAGGGCAUGAGCGUCUUCACUUACGUGUCCAUCAACUCUGAGAACGGCUACUUGUACGCCCUGCGCUCCUUCGAUUACGAGCAGCUCAAGGACUUCAGCUUCCAGGUGGAAGCUCGGGACGCCGGCAGCCCCCAGGCUCUGGCCGGUAACGCCACCGUCAACAUCCUCAUCGUGGACCAGAACGACAACGCCCCUGCCAUCGUGGCGCCCCUGCCUGGGCGCAACGGGACUCCAGCGCGGGAGGUGCUGCCCCGGUCGGCGGAGCCAGGCUACCUGCUGACCCGCGUGGCCGCAGUGGACGCAGACGACGGCGAGAACGCCCGACUCACCUACAGCAUUGUGCGGGGCAACGAAAUGAACCUCUUCCGCAUGGACUGGCGCACCGGGGAACUCCGCACCGCGCGCCGGGUGCCGGCCAAGCGCGACCCCCAGCGGCCUUACGAGCUGGUGAUCGAGGUGCGCGACCACGGGCAGCCGCCCCUGUCCUCCACUGCCACACUGGUGGUGCAGCUGGUGGAUGGAGCCGUGGAGCCCCAGGGAGGGGGCGGGGGCGGUAGCGGGGGGUCAGGGGAGCAUCAGCGCCCCAGCCGCUCCGGCGGCGGGGAGACCUCGCUGGACCUCACCCUCAUCCUCAUCAUUGCGCUGGGCUCGGUGUCUUUCAUAUUCCUGCUAGCCAUGAUCGUGCUUGCCGUGCGUUGCCAAAAAGAGAAGAAGCUGAACAUCUACACCUGUCUGGCCAGUGACUGCUGCCUCUGCUGCUGCUGCUGUGGCGGUGGGGGCUCGACCUGCUGCGGCCGCCAAGCCCGGGCGCGCAAGAAAAAACUCAGCAAGUCGGACAUCAUGCUGGUGCAAAGCUCCAACGUACCCAGUAACCCGGCCCAAGUGCCGGUGGAGGAGUCCGGGGGCUUUGGCUCCCACCACCACAACCAGAAUUACUGCUACCAGGUCUGCCUGACCCCUGAGUCCGCCAAGACCGACCUGAUGUUCCUUAAGCCCUGCAGCCCUUCGCGGAGUACGGACACUGAGCACAACCCCUGCGGGGCCAUCGUCACCGGCUACACAGACCAGCAGCCCGACAUCAUCUCCAACGGAAGCAUUUUGUCCAACGAGACUAAACACCAGCGAGCAGAGCUCAGCUAUCUAGUUGACAGACCUCGCCGAGUUAACAGUUCUGCAUUCCAGGAAGCCGACAUAGUAAGCUCUAAGGACAGUGGUCAUGGAGACAGUGAACAAGGAGAUAGUGAUCACGAUGCCACCAACCGCGGCCAGUCAGCUGGCAUGGAUCUCUUCUCCAACUGUACUGAGGAAUGUAAAGCGCUGGGCCAUUCAGAUCGGUGCUGGAUGCCUUCUUUUGUCCCCGCGGAUGGACGCCAGGCUGCGGAUUAUCGCAGCAAUCUGCAUGUUCCUGGCAUGGACUCUGUUCCAGACACUGAGGUGUUUGAAACUCCAGAAGCCCAGCCUGGGGCGGAGAGGUCUUUCUCCACCUUUGGCAAAGAGAAGGCCCUUCACAGCACCCUGGAGAGGAAGGAGCUGGAUGGACUGCUGUCUAAUACACGAGCGCCUUACAAACCACCAUAUUUGACACGGAAAAGGAUAUGCUAGUCAAUUCUACAGGAUUUACCUGAAGCAGCAUGAUUUGCACAAAGUCGACCAACAAAAGCAUCAACUUUUCAACUUCAUUAUCUUGGCCAUCAGUUAGUUGUGUGUAACCGAGUACUAGAUUGCCGGCGGAGUCAUCGUGGCCAAUUAUAGGACCUAAUUGCUCUCAGCAGGCCUGAGAAAUGAGUUGAAAUGUGCAGAACUGUAGAAACUUUAGAGGCAACUGCUUUUGCCUCUCCGAUCAGUGUGUGCCUGUUUACAGCACUAUAUAUCUUUCUCUCUCCAAAUGUCACUGAGCCCUUUACAUGUUUAUAUUCACCACGAGAAGCCAGUCAUAAAGAUAAAGGAAAUUUGUGCAUUAUAAAUGCAAUAUCACUGUUUUAAACUUGACUGUUUUAUAUUCUUUUUGUGUGAUCAAGUGUUCCCCAAACUAUUCCAACUUUACAAGACAGAUUGUGAUUAUGUUCUUUUCACCUGUGGGUUAUAAAAAAUGUUGUAUUCUGAAGACCCACAAAAUAUCAAAGACAUUCUGUAGUUUAUACACCGUGUUGCAAAGUGUUUACUGUACUAUUUCAAAGCUUCUAAAUAAAUAUAAAAUAUAUAUAUUAUAUUAUAUAAUUUUCCUAAAAUGUGGUACAACUCAGUUGGUUUUUAAAUGGAUUCAUACAGUCCACAUCAUAUAGUAAAGUGAAGGUAAUUCAGGGUCCCAAAGAUAAACUUACUAAGAAAAGAAUAAUCAUUAAUAGUUUCCUCCCAAUUUUCAUCUUAUACAACCCUGUUUUUCCUUGUUUAAAAGAAAAUGAAGCUCUAAGCUACACAAUUUUGUCAAGAACUUGUACUGAAUUUUCAAUGCCAAAGAUAUAGCUGUCGAUGUUAUCAGAAGAGCACUGAAUAUGUAAUAUCAGAAUAUCUAACAACCUACAUUCUUUCGAUUCUAUUUCUAUGGCUUUGAAUUUAGAAUCAUUUAAAGCUUUUAUAAAGAAUCUAUAAAUCCACCUGUAUUUGUUGUUAGAAAAAAAACAAAAACAAACACUGGGUGUCUGUACAUUUUGUGGUGUAAAAUACGUAAUUGAGAUUACUAUUUUAAGAAGUCCUCAACCGUAUAACUCACACAGAAUUUUAUUUUACAUAGUUUUACAUAGUUUUGUGACUCUUACUAACACAUGAAUAUAAGAUCUAUUUAUAACUCUAUAUGAACAUAUAGAGAUAUAUAAGUAUCUGAACUGGUAAAGAGUAACUAUAAGAUAUAAGUGAUCUCUAAAUUUAAAAUAAGUUAAAUAAAUUUGGAGAUAGAAAUAUGGUACAUUAUUGUUUCAGUAUUAUCUUACAUGUGAAGAUUUUAUAGCUUAAAUAUAGUCAGUGUUUUAUUAAUGAGAAAAUUCUUUCAGUCAGCCUUGAAAAGUUAAGCUUGCCUUUUAUUUUCAUGUCCACGAAGUUAAUUAUUAAAUUCAUUUAGAUGUAUUUUCCUUUCUUUUACAUAGUUUUCUUUUUACCAGCUGUUGUUUAUUGCUUAAUUAAGAGAGAAAUUAAGAGAGAAAAAUCAGAGGAUAUGAGAUAAUCUUAGCAAAAAACAGAAUUCUCAAAGCUCCCUCCUAAGAAAGCCUUCAACGUUUCUAAAUGUUUGCCCAAUCCAAAUUACAGAUCAAUUUUGACACAUUUACCUUAACUGCUAACUGAUCUUCUGGAUUCAGUGAAAGUUUGAGCUGUGCUAUGUUAUUAAAGAGCAGACUAAAGCUUAACACAUAACAAAUGUUUCCCACCUAGUUUUAUGGUCAUGUAAAUGGGAAUAUUUUCCUUCGAUUUAACAAUAAAAUGCAUACAUAUUUUCAGAGGACCUUGAUAUGUAGAUUUGAGUGAUAUCUUGGCAUCACUCAUUUGACUUAUCAAAUGACAGAGAUUAAUACGUCGUAAUCCCAAUCAUUUUAUCUACUGAAGUAUGUGUAAUAUUCCAGUCUUUUGGGGACCCUUUAAAAAUACGUAAAACCAAUCCAUCGCCUAUGACACAAAAGCACAUAUGUUCACAAAAGUGCAGCAGUAACAUUUUCUCAAACUUUUGGCGCUACUUCAUUAAGAUUUUGAAUGAUAGACUAUUUUAAUAAGGAUAUGUUUCUAUAUAAUUUAGCUGGAAAAAUGUCUGUUUGUUGUAAUUGCUUUUUAAACAAGAAAAUGAUUUUCUUGUUGAAUCACUGCUUUAAUUAAAACCUUUCAUUCAUCAUUUUCCAAUUAUGGCGGAAAACACACAUCCAUCUGCCUUAUCACAUGCAUUAAAAAUAAGGUUAUAUUCAUUUCAUGUAUUAUGUUUAUAUUCAUUCAUUCAAUGUUAAGAAGGUUUCUUUAAUUAUUUAAACUUUUAUGUCAUCGUAUAUCAUCUCCCUUGAACAAACUUCUUAUGCCAUAUAUUUACGCAUUCGUUUUUUAUAUAUCAUAGUAACAGUUACUCUAAUUUACAUUCUAAUUAUUAAAUUAUAUCAUUAAUCAACAAAAGCAAACAACAAAAACAAGAAAAUUUUACCCAAUUUGUGGGAAAGAUAGAAUUUGCUAAAAUGCUAAACAGUUAUUAAUCAUGUAUUGUAUCCAGAAUAAAUCAGAAGUUACCAGAGAGUAAUGAUAUAAUUUUAGCUAUUUGGCUAGGAUGUUUUCUACCAAUGAGAGGGGGACUAUAAAAUAGAAAAAUGCAACCAAUCAAUAAUAAAGGUUUACAAAAAAACAUGUAUUAGAUUACCAUGAAAAGGAAUUUUAGAAUAGUUUUCCUGUUUAAUCUAGUCAUCUUAAUAUCCAGUCUUACAUAAUUUCAUACAUAUCAAAAAUACUAUCUAAAUUAUCAGAUGACAUUUCAUCAAUAAAUUACUUCAGAAACGAAUGAUCAUGACAUUUACUCCUUGAUAAACACGGUUCGUUCUAAAGUAGUAAAAAUGUCAAAAUAUUUUCCUGUGGAAACAGUGUCUUAAUGUUUCAAAGGUAUGUCAAACGACAAUUUUUAGAAGUAUUUUCUCCACGUGUAAAAUUCUAAUUCUUAUCUUGUAAACAUAAUUUUGUGAAAUCAUUUUAAAUCAAUAUUUAAGUAUCACAUCAUAAUUACAGAUAUAAUGGUAUCACUCUAAGUGUAUCAUCUUUCUUGGGAACUAUUGAGAAAUAUGUAUAUUUUGUUUUUUGAAGAUAUUAAAUGCAAUGCCUUUAUCAAACAUUGCAAAUUAAGUACUAUAGUAGAGGAUUUAAAUAUUUUAAUUACUCCCGUUUCCUUUUAAUUUCCUCCUGUUUCAUUUCUUAAUAGUGUUAUAAUUUGCCGCCGGAUCUCCUGUACUGUAGAAACCUUCUUAUUUCUUCAAUAAGAGGAAGAAAAAACAUCCUCACAAUUCUCAACAUAAACUUUAAUAACUGUCUAUUAAUUAUGCCGUUUUAACUUUACAAAAAUAGUUUACUGGAGUAAAAUUAAUAUUUAAUACAACCACUGACUCAGAAUGUUGCAAAUGUUAAGCAGCAAAAAGAAAAUUACUUACGGUGCUGACUGAUCAUAGCACUGUUAUUUGUCAUUACAUGUGGUUUUCUUUCUCCCCCUCAUAUUUCUAUGUGUGCUUUUAAUACCCGAGGAACUCAAAAACAUUUAAAAUCUUGGUAUACUUGAUAAUUUUUCUGAAAAUCUUAUAUUUUUCAUAUUGCAAUUUCUUGGGUUCUUUAUCUUUUUCAAAACUCUAAUUUUGUAGUGGUAAAGGCUUUGCACUUAACAUCCUUUUUAUGUUCCUUUUUAACAAGGAAAAACAGAAAAUGACAAAAUUCCAUAUUUUUUAUGCCAUGGAGUAGUAAAAUUAUUUUAUAUAUAUUGUUAGCACUUCAAGGAAUAUCCCUCUGCUAGGUCGAACAAAAUCCUUAUACAGUAAUUUGUGAAGCUACUGUUCAAUAGAAUAUUUUUGUUUCUUCUAAAACUUGGCAUAGGUUUUAGAUUAUAGCAUUCUAUGAGAAUGCUGGGAGAUGGGUGCCGCCAGAGUAUUGCAGGCAAUAAUAUGACUAAAAUUCUAAUACCUUUAGUGUGCAUGCAUGUAUUUCUAACCACUGUUAUUUUUUAAGUAUUUGUAAAAUUAGAAAAAUGACUUUUAUUUCUUGAAAACUUGUCACAUGCUUAGUUUGAAGUUUUGCACUUCAGACGUUUUUGAGUUGCGUGCAAUUUUUGCAUUAAUGUUGCAAAUAUUAAAAUCUCGCAUGAGACUCAAAAACUUCUGAACGAUAGAACUCAGACUUCCAAUACAUCCGUACAUCAUAGAGCUGAAAGUAAGCAGGGAAUUUCAGCUCUAAACACAUUUUCAAGACAGUUAUCUGUGAGUGAAAACAGGGUAUUAUAACAAAAGAUGAGUUUAAAUCUUAACUAUAGUGUUUGUUACUGUGAAUGCUAUAAUAAUACAUAAGUAAAAUGAGUGUAAAUGUAAUAUAUUAUUUUAUACUGCUGUAUACACAUGAAAUAAAUAAAACUAGGAUACAUAUUA